GUUUGACUCGCCUGGAGAUAGUGGUCGCUCUUCCCAGCGAUCGCAGUCGUCCACUCGCCAGACGACGUCAAGCCAUGAACCUUCCAUGCCCCAGCGAUCGGCAUCGUAGAUCCAAAGUCGCCGCGACUUGUGGAGAAGCGAGCUGAGAGUCGGACGCGUAUCGUAAAUCGACUUGACCAGCGAGAAUCUCUGCGAAGAAAGAAAUCCGCCGUUCCCUGCUCUCUUCCGCCCGAUACUACAACUACUACUCUCUCUCUCCCUGGGCAAGCGCUGAUCUUGUCGGCCAUCGUCCUACUGCCCAUCUCGCGACUCAGUGUGAUUUGGGGGUCUGCUCGAAUUAGGGUUUUUAUUUUGUGCUCGGUUGGAUUUCUGGCUCGAUUUGAAAGUCGCAUGAUUUAGCAUCUAAUUGUGGUCUUUUACUCUCUUAAAACAUCAUUUACGGGGAGGAAAUUGGAAAGAAGGAAAGGCAUCUGACCUAUAUUUGAACCUAUUCAGUGAUGUUCAACCUUGUGUCUAUCUUAUCUGUAUCCUGUUGAAGACUUCAGUUGAGCUUCUACUACAGAGGAGUAAACAGCAGUGUUAUACUUAAUAUUAGCAAUACAUGAUCAUUUUAUGUGCAUCUCAGCUCUUAAGUGUCUUCCUAUAAGUUGAAAGUCUCAUUAAGUGUGGAUUCUAGCUACAAAAGAAAAUGGAACCAAAUGGCAAUAAAGGUUUUGCAGAUGAGAUUCAAGAGGGACUAGGGUCAGUCAGAUCACCAAAUGACAAAGAUCAGAUUUCUUUUCACAUUCAAUCAUCUCAGGUUGAAAUUGUUGAUGAGGAAAAAAAUCAAAGUAAGUUCCUGGGUUUCGUAAGAACUAUUCCUCGUGGAGCUAGGUUUAUGAAACUUGGCCCUUCUCCUUCUGCCAAAUUUCGUCAGCUUGCAUAUGAACGAGAUGAGCUCUCACGUGCAAUUCAUUCUGAGCACAGUCCCCGUGAACGUUUCCAUAUGCCUUUGGUCAGGAAAAUUGAUUGGGUUUCCUUGUGGUUAAUGUGCAAAGAAUGGAUAAGAAAUCCCAUGAACAUGGCGCUUUUUCUCUGGAUUACUUGUGUUGCUAUAUCUGGUGCUAUCCUAUUCAUGGUUAUGACAGGAAUGUUGAAUAAAGCUUUACCAAGUAAAUCUCAAAGAGACACCUGGUUUGAAGUUAACAACCAGAUUUUGAAUGCACUAUUCACUCUAAUGUGUCUCUAUCAACAUCCAAAGAGGUUCUAUCAUCUUGUGCUUUUGUGUCGAUGGGAACCAAAAGACAUUCUGGCGCUCAGAAAAAUUUAUUGCAAGAAUGGCACCUAUAAGCCUAAUGAAUGGAUGCAUAUGAUGGUUGUGGUUAUUCUUCUCCAUCUGAAUUGUUUUGCACAGUAUGCCUUGUGUGGCCUCAAUCUGGGGUACCGCAGGUCCCAGCGACCGGCAAUUGGAGUUGGCUUGUGCAUCUCUGUAGCUAUCGCUGCACCAGCGUUUGCCAGUGUGUAUAAAAUUCUUAGCCCUCUUGGGAAGGAUUAUGAAACUGAAAUUGAUCAGGAAGCGGGUAAGGCUAUUUCCACUGAUGAUUCAAAACCAAAAACCAUGCGGAUAAAAUCACUUGAAAAGAGAUAUUCUUUUGUCGCAAGGGAGGGCCAAAGCUUUCCAGCGUCUAGACCGAAAUGGAUAGGUGGUUUAUUCGAUCUCUGGGAUGAUAUUUCUCUUGCCUACCUUUCAGUAUUCUGCAGCUGUUGUGUUUUUGGCUGGAACAUGGAGAGGCUUGGAUUCGGCAACAUGUAUGUUCAUAUUAUGACUUUUCUUCUAUUUUGCCUGGCUCCCUUCUUUAUCUUCAACUUGGCUGCCAUCAAUCUUAAUAAUGAAGCAGUUAGAGAGGCACUUGGAAUUUCAGGCAUUCUGCUUUGCUUCUUUGGUUUACUCUAUGGUGGCUUCUGGAGGAUCCAGAUGAGGAAGAAGUUUAAUCUUCCCGCGCAUACAUUUUGCUGCGGUCAGCCAUCAGUAACCGACUGUUUUCAAUGGCUUGUCUGUUGCUCAUGUUCUCUUGCGCAGGAGGUUAGGACGGCAGAUCACUAUGAUAUGAUGGAGGACAAGUUAUGUGAGAAGCAAACGGAUGGUGGUGGCCAGCUUGUAUCGGCUUCACCGUGUCGUGAAGAAGGCACUCCUCUGUUCGCAUCAACCCCAAGCUCUCCCUACCAAGGUCAGUCCAGUCCAUCACUUUUCAGAUUGGAAUACAAAUCAAGUCCGAUAAGAUCUUCGGCUGGGCAAUCUCCAGGCACGCAUUUGCCCAUUGUUGCAGAAGAUUCGUCCACGACUCAUAAGGGGAACACAAUGAGUCCACCAAUUCCACCUGCCAUAUGAAAAGAAGAUUAAUAUUACACUAUAGCUUGCUGAGAAUGGCACCUGCGAUUGUGGAUGUACCAGAGACAAAACUUGUGUGUUCUGCACAUCUUUCAUCAAUUUUUCUAUUUUUGUACUUGUCAUAAAUAACCGUCUUCCCCUAGAUGUCCUCUGGAGAAAUAUUCUUUCCUAGUGAUGAAACAGAGAAACUUCAUUAGUUUUCAUCUACAGGAAUGAUGGUUUUCGUUGUUGCUUCAGACUAUGGAUGACAUUUGUCUUGGAAAAUUUUGUAUAAUGAACAAGUAAAAGAAGGGAUAUGUGAUGCGUGUCUUUA